CUAUCUAUCUAUCUAUCUAUCUAUCUAUCUAUCUAUCUAUCAGUGCUUAGUCACUUAGUUACGCGUUAGGAGUUCAGUUCGCGCUCGGACGAGCGUUACGUCCAACUAGCCUGUGUGUUUUUACCCAGAUUAAUAAAUCAAGGGGCAUAUUAAAAAUAUAGCUUAGUGAAAGCUUCCAGAGCAAACAGCGCAGGAAGUGUUUUGCCAGAUUGACACGGCUCCGCGGUGACAACUGGCCUGUUUUUACACGUUCCUUCUAAAUAAGGAAGCGGCCCGUCAGGCAUAUGACCCCCGGUCCAAUUUGGGAGCUGCCAACGAAGCCCAUCACGCCCCAUAUUCUCUCCCGCUCACUCUCGCGCUCGCUCUCCCCGGUGCCGCUCGCGUGGAUUGACAGCGAUUGGGUUUUGACGUUCAAACUGACCCCCGGCGGCGGUGAGGUCAGCAUGAUGUCAUCCUGAAGGUGAGUGAUGUCAUCCCGAAGAUCUCCCAGGCAAGGUGAGCUUGCAUUUUGGUGAGUGUGUGGUGCUCCCCGUCCAGAGAGGUGAAACAUGGUAAUCAUCAUCGCCGCCACCGCCACCAGCUCAAGCUCUGCCGCCCUGCUCUUCUCAUCUGCCGAGGGGCUUAUUGCGUUACACGCUCGCAGCCCCGACCUGCCUUCCAAAAAUAAGCCCCUGCCACCAUGCCGAAAGAAGAAAAACAAGAGUGGUAUUUUUAGGGGCAUUAAUUUUGACCACGUGCCCCGAGGGUAAACCGGAUGGCCACUGCGCAAAGGUUCCUCAUCAGUAUGUGCGAGAGCAGCGGGCGCUGGACGUGGACUGCGGUUAUUCUGCUGGGCUUUCUGCUUGGGAUCGUGUCCUCCUACCCCACCUCGAUCAGGACUAAUGCAACUUCACUGGAGAAAAGGUGGGAGACACUCUUCUCCCGCUCCGUUUUGGGGAUCUCGGUGGAGAAAUCGGACCUGAACUGGGAGCGUGACUAUUUGCAGGGCAUUAAGAGAGUGCGGAGGCUGUACUGCAACGUGGGCAUUGGGUUUCACCUGCAGGUCCUGCCAGACGGAAGGAUAAACGGUGUCCAUAAUGAGAACCAGUACAGUCUUAUAGAAAUCUCAGCGGUAGAGAGAGGAGUGGUUAGUCUAUACGGAGUGAAAAGCAAGCUGUUUGUCGCAAUGAGCAGCCGUGGAAGGUUAUACGGAACGAGGGCCUUCCGUGACGAGUGCAAGUUCAAGGAGACACUGCUGCCCAACAAUUACAACGCAUACGAGUCUUCCAUUUACAAGGGCUUUUAUAUCGCCCUCAGCAAACAUGGCCGCUUGAAGCGAGGCUACAAGGCUUCCCCAGCAAUGACCGUCACACAUUUCCUCCCACGUUUAUGAGCAAACCUGGCAAUAACACAAUCAUUUGCACAUGUUUGAUGUUCUUGCAGGUAACCCAAACAUGCUAAGAGGUGAACUGCAAAGAACUAAAAUAAUACUUAUUGUAUUUAUUCUCAUUGAAAUAAUAAUAAUAAUAUAUGUAUAUUUCGGUAGCUUACUUUGUGUCUGAACUUUGUGUACAUGCCAUUCUUUGCUGCUUAUGAUUUCUAAUAUGAAUAUUAUCGAGGAGCUUUUUUGCCUUCUCACUUUUUAUGGGUGCUUGCCAUAACUGGUGUAAAUCUUACCGGGCACUGGACUAACAUCCUCAGCUUUUAGAAGUGAAAUGGAUACUUUUUAUUACCUCAAAGAGCCACAUCCGCAUUGAAAAAAGUUAUGGAGGGAAAAAGAAAUAUCAGUUUAGGGAAAUAACAGCACUUGUUUUUCAUGAUUAGGUGGUGCCUUAGCCUCUGCUAUUUUGCCUCCUUUUAUGCAUGCAAGAAAGAGGUUUUUGUUCCAUAUUUAGAUCAACAACUAAAUAGCUGACUUUAAAAACUGAUUGCAUGCAUCCUUAUUGGGGGUUCAACUCAGAGAGGGCUAUUUUACGCCUCAUGCAAGCUCAGAAUUUGACUGAAAGUCUGUGGACGGCUAGUCCUGAAAGGUUUGGGUGCUUCCAUUUGAAUGAAUGCUGAUCAAGCUUGUGAAAUGCAUAGAAUUGCAUUAAUCUUGAGUUAUGUGGCAUGAUUAUACGAUAGCAUAACUGUUGCUUAGUGAUAAUAAAACCACUCAUUUUACUUCUCAGAUUAAAUAUAGUGUGCAAUUAAACUUUUUUUGUUUUUUUUUUAAUCAUAGAUAUGUAUUGAUACUAGUCAGUGGUGUCUAUGUUUUACUUCUACAGUCAGUGAUCUCUAGUGAGGGCUCAUACACCAACAUGUUGACUGCAUACUUGAACUCCCACCUCAAAAAGUCUUUGGAAUGUAAAAACCAAUACAACUGUCUUAAUCUGUUUGAGGUAACAUAAUUUGCUCAUUACUUUAUGUUUGAAUACCAAGCAUAGACCCGAACACCUGUGCACACUCUUAAAUUCCCAAGUCAGUUGACUUUGUCUAGGGUAUUUGGUUCAAGUCGCACUUGAAAUUGAAUUGAACUUCGGCAUUUGUAGGCGAUCCCCUUGCCUCGCCCCACUUUUUCUAGUUAUAGAAUUACAGGAAUAGUUCACCCAAAAAAAUUAAAAUUUUCUGAAAAUGUACUCACCCUUAUAGGCCAUCCAAGAUGUAGAUUAAUAAUGUUUAUCUAUAAGUAAUGGAUAAUGUAUAUCUAGCUGGUUGUUAUCUCAGAAUUAACCCAGACAGGGUGAUCAGUCUUGCAUCAGCCUGAAGGGGUUUAUUCUGAGAUAACAACCGGCUGGAUGUACAUUAUCCUGCUAAUUACAUGGCUAAAAAGAUUUGUUUUUACCAUAUAUGUUGAAAUUAAUGCUGAUGUCUUAGUUAAGUGUUUUCAGUCACAAGAUGGCGCCAGACAGUCAACGAUAGCGGAGUGACUCAUUAAGCAUAUAAGUAGUACCCGGAUGAGCGGUGUGUUAUUCAGUUUGGCGGUUGUUAUCUGGGAAUAACAUACCUCGGAAUGUUGCGAUUGACCGAUAAGAAUCAAGUAUUCCACAGAGCCGUGUCAUAAUGUUGGAUAAAUUUAGCAUUACAUCACUUGCUUAUCAAUGGAUCCUCUGCAGUCAAUGGGUGCCGUCAGAAUCAGAAUCCAAACAGAUGAUAAAAACAUCACAAUAAUCCACAAGUAAUCCACAUGACUCCAGUCCAUCCGUCUUGUAAAGUUAGAGAAAUACGCACAGAUCAAGCACUGUUUACAGGCAAAAACAGUUCUAAAAACAAAUAUGUUGGUGGAAUUUGAUGUGAUGAUUUAUUACAAACACACAGCUUUUCACUUCACAAGACAUCAAUUGAUAGA